CAUCCCGGAAGUGGUUAUUGACCGUCUCCAUGCGCCGGUUCCUGGGCGUCGUAGAGCCAAGGCGCGAGGCUCGGACGGAAGGUACAGCCGGAGGGAACGCUAAGCACCCUCCGCCCGGACCGUGAACCGCUGCCCGCGGGACUGGCCCAGGCGCCAUCAUGCUGCUCCUGCCGAGCGCCGCGGACGGCCAGGGCACCGCUAUCACCCACGCUCUGACCUCUGCCUCUACACUCUGUCAAGUUGAACCUGUGGGAAGAUGGUUUGAAGCUUUUGUUAAGAGGAGAAACAGAAAUGCUUCUGCCUCUUUUCAGGAACUGGAGGAUAAGAAAGAGUUAUCGGAGGAAUCAGAAGAUGAAGAAUUGCAGUUAGAAGAGUUUCCCAUGCUGAAAACACUUGAUCCCAAAGACUGGAAGAACCAGGAUCAUUAUGCAGUUCUUGGACUUGGCCAUGUAAGAUACAAAGCUACACAGAGACAGAUCAAAGCAGCUCAUAAAGCAAUGGUUUUAAAACAUCACCCAGACAAACGGAAAGCUGCUGGUGAACCAAUAAAAGAAGGGGAUAAUGAUUACUUCACUUGCAUAACUAAAGCUUAUGAAAUGUUGUCUGAUCCAGUGAAAAGACGAGCAUUUAACAGUGUAGAUCCUACUUUUGAUAAUUCAGUUCCUUCCAAAAGUGAAGCAAAAGACAAUUUCUUCGAAGUAUUUUCCCCCGUGUUUGAAAGAAAUUCCAGGUGGUCAAAUAAGAAGAAUGUUCCUAAACUUGGUGAUAUGAAUUCAUCAUUUGAAGAUGUAGAUGCAUUUUACUCCUUCUGGUAUAAUUUUGAUUCUUGGAGAGAAUUUUCUUAUUUAGAUGAAGAAGAAAAAGAAAAGGCGGAAUGUCGUGAUGAGAGAAGAUGGAUUGAAAAGCAGAAUAGAGCAACAAGGGCACAAAGAAAAAAAGAAGAAAUGAACAGAAUAAGAACACUGGUUGAUAAUGCAUAUAGCUGUGAUCCAAGGAUAAAAAAAUUCAAGGAAGAAGAGAAGGCCAAGAAAGAAGCAGAGAAGAAAGCAAAAGCAGAAGCAAAACGGAAGGAGCAAGAAGCUAAAGAAAAGCAAAGACAAGCUGAAUUAGAAGCUGCCCGGUUAGCUAAAGAGAAAGAAGAAGAGGAAGUUAGACAACAAGCAUUAUUGGCAAAGAAGGAGAAAGAUAUCCAGAAAAAAGCCAUUAAGAGGGAAAGACAAAAACUUCGAAAUUCAUGCAAGACCUGGAAUCACUUUUCUGACAAUGAGGCAGAGAGGGUUAAAAUGAUGGAAGAAGUGGAAAAACUUUGUGAUCGGCUUGAAUUAGCAAGCUUACAGUGCUUGAAUGAAACACUCACCUCGUCUACAAAAGAAGUAGGAAAGGCUGCUCUGGAAAAACAGAUAGAAGAAAUAAAUGAGCAAAUUAGAAAAGAGAAAGAGGAAGCUGAGGCUCGUAUGCGACAAGCAUCCAAAAAUGCCGAGAAAUCAACUGGUGGAGGUGGAAAUGGCGGUAAAAAUUGGUCAGAAGAUGAUCUGCAAUUACUAAUUAAAGCUGUGAACCUCUUUCCUGCUGGAACAAAUUCAAGCUGUAAUAUUGGUUGCUCUAGAUGGGAAGUUAUUGCUAAUUACAUGAACAUACAUUCUUCUUCUGGAGUCAAGAGAACUGCCAAAGAUGUUAUUGGCAAAGCAAAGAGUCUCCAAAAACUUGACCCUCAUCAAAAAGAUGACAUAAACAAAAAGGCUUUUGAUAAAUUUAAAAAAGAGCAUGGAGUGGUACCUCAAGCAGACAACGCAACACCUUCAGAACGAUUCGAAGCAGGUCCAUGCACAGAUUUCACCCCUUGGACAACAGAAGAGCAGAAGCUUUUGGAACAAGCUUUGAAAACGUAUCCAGUAAAUACACCUGAAAGAUGGGAGAAAAUAGCAGACGCAGUGCCUGGCAGAACAAAGAAAGACUGCAUGAAACGAUAUAAGGAACUCGUCGAGAUGGUAAAAGCCAAGAAAGCUGCUCAAGAGCAAGUGCUGAAUGCAAGUAGAGCCAAGAAGUGACUCAGUGACAAUCUUUGUUGUGUGUGCAUUUUUAUAAUAAAACUGAAAAUAUUGUACAAAUUUUUAUUCUUAAUAUUAUAAUUAUGGUGAUUAUUUCAAAGUGCUGCCUCCAAUUCUGAGUACAAAGAUCAACCAUUAUCCAAAACAACAUUCAGGACAGGCGCAAUCUUAUCCUUUGAAAAUGUGACAUAAUAUUUCAUUCAAAUUUCCAGAUAUAACAUGUUCAUGUUUAUUUUUUCUUUUAAGAACUUAUGGCUUAAACCUUGUCUCUGUUAGUUUUAUAAAUAUAUAUGCUGAAAACGUUUUGAGUAACAGCACUUUAAUCAUGAAGCCAGCACAUGUUACUGCGAAUCUUGUUAAAAUGUGGUAGUUGCUCAAUGGGACCUAGGGAUUAAAAAGAAGAUAAUUAAAACUAAGAAUUAAAAGUAUGUGGCCAAUGUUCUGCAUAGAGAAAAAGGAGCUAGGCUUACCCACAGCAGCAAUAGCUGGACUCUUAUCAUAAAUAUAUUUGGUGCACACUUCUCGAACUAUCUCAGCAUCUACAGCCUGAAAUAGGGAAGAUACUACUAGCAUUUAGAGCUUUUUGUAUUAAAGAAAAUUCUAUACCUGGAACAUUUAAACAUUUAAAAACGAAAGGUGAAUUCCGAAUACAUAUUUUUUAGUUUUUAUAACAAGAAUUCCUGUAAUAAGUAUUUUUCACACAAGACGUAACAGUAUCUCAAGACUACUCACGUCAAUUCUUGCUUCAAGCUCAGGGAUGGGAAUUCUUCUAUUAUAGCAUAACAUUUGCCUACCGAUAUCUUCACAAAUUGGAGUUGAACCUGUUUAAAGAGAAGGAAAGCUAAGUAUUGGAAUGCAGAUCAACCAUAUCAAACUAGAAUUUAUGUCUUUAUUUUUACCAUCAAGUUGCAACAACAUAUUCGUUUUCAGAAGGUUUUUGGCUCUUGCAACUUCACUUUCAGUGACACUUGUACAGAGUCGCAUCCUAAAAAACAUUUGGAAAAUCUACAUAUUAAACCACAACGUACAACCCAAAACCAAACCCACUGUCGAGUCGAUUCUGACUCAUAGCAACCCUAUAGGGCAGAGUAGAGCUGCCCCAUAGAGCUUCCAAGGAGCGCCUGGCAGAUUUUAACCGCCACCCUCUUGGUUAGCAGCCGUAGCACUUAACCACUACGCCACCAGGGUUUCCCAAUGUACAAGAGUGAUGAUUUUUAAAGGUUAUCACCUCUGUAAGGAGUUGAAGUUAUUAAUGAUCCCAACAGCCAGGAAGAAGGGUAGCAUAUUACUGAUUGUAUACUUUUCCCUAGUAGUAUUAAUUUCUCAAAACAAUAUAUAAAUUUUGUCUGAUGAUUUGCAGACAAAAGUCCAAUACAAUAUAAAAAUUGACUAACCACAUUUUUAGAAAUGCUGUAAUCAUUUUGAGACUAGACAAAUCCCCAUCUGUCAGGGUCUGAUACGCUGGGAGACGGGACCAAGUAGGUCAGUGGUUUCUCAAAAGAAUCUAGUUGAGUCUAACUUAAAUCUAACAGCCAAAUUAAUAAUUAUACCCCAGUUGCCUAGAUUCAGGAAGAUGGAAUAAAGGAACCAGAGCCAAAUAUGAGUUUUCUAAGAAGCUCUAAACUUCUCUGCCUCUGUCUACUGACUCAAGAUACUAGUUUUGAUUAAAACACUACAUUUUUCUUUUAGCCAUGGCAACUUCAGAUUCACUUUCAGAGCACUGCCUUUCCAGGCCAGAUUACUUUUAGGGAUACAGGUAUUCUCUGCUUUUCAAAAUUUCACCUUACACCACUUUGCUUUUACGAAAGACCUACAUUUUAUUAGUACCUGUUUUUGCUGACCGAAAAAAAUCUGAAGAGGAUUUUCACAUUUACCAAAAAAAAAAGUGGAAAUUUAGUGUUCAGUGUUUGUGUUGAGGCAAGCUGUUAAAGAGACAGCAUGCGCCCUGAGCAGCAAGAGUGGCAUCACCAAGCUCCUUUCCCAGAAACUCCACACUCAGCGUCUUGGCAUUAAGCCAUCAUAGCUAUGCUAGGUUAUUUUCUGGGUCUGGGAAUGCUCAAAAUUUUUUCCCAUACAAAUUAAUGGUAAUUGCUUCUUUAUGUCAUUUUGGCUUAGAAAAGAUGUCAUGGGAACAUUCUACUUUUGGAAAGCAGGGGAAAGCCUGUGCUUUCCAAAUGACUUCUUAGUUGGCAUCUAAACAUUUUAAACCUGUGAGAUCUUUCUUCUGAAGUCAUCUGCUUCUGAGAGACUAAAAAUUCCCUAUAGUAUAAGUCAGCUUUACAACGUGAGGCUUAGAAGAAAUCUCUGAAAAUUACAGACCCUUCCUAAAACAAGGGACCGCUGCUUCCUAGGUCAUUUGUCUAGAGUGGUAUUGGAGCACUUAAGGAUUUCGUAAAACUUGAUAAAUGUUUGGGAAAGAAGAGAAACAAAUACAUGGGGUAAAGGGCAAUAAUUACCAAUCACUCCUUUCAAAUAUUGCAUACACACAGAUCUGCUUGUAGGAACAGCGACAAUGACUGGAAAACAUUUUUAGUUUGCCUGACAUCUGUUCCUCCCCAUUAUUAGACAAUUGAGAGUUUUGUUUUUAACAAAAGGUUGUCUUAGAAAACACGGUAAUUAGUGCUAUUGUUUAGUUCCCUUGAUUAAAUGCUAAAACAAAAUCAUCAACAAUGUAGAAAGGAAACUGGCCUAAAAGAUGAACCCUAGACCAGAUUUAAAUUACUCAAAGCAUUUUCUCACCAUUCCUUUUGAACAACAUGUAGCAUGUCUGCAACUGUAGCUGGUUCACAAACCAUAUAGAGUCCCCACAAUCCUGUAUCUGUGUAGGAAGUGUUGAAAGACUGGAAGCUAUGGCAAAGGUUGCCAUGACAGGUGAGCUGGGCCAGCUUGCUAGAUAAGUUCUGUAAAGGAAAAAAAAAAUAAAGACAGUCCAAGAGAAUUCUAGACAUGUGUCCAAAAAUACCAGAAAGAAAAAUGACAUACGUGGCAAAAAGUAAAUGCCCUAAGAGGGUGGGUUCUCAGUUUUAUCCAGCAACAUCUGAAUAAUUAAAGUUAAAAUUCAUUGUGUCAUGCUUAUCUCACCAGCCCAGUGCAUCCUUCAAAAAAUUAAUAAUGGAAAAUUAAAUUCUUAUAAUUAAUGUAGUGGCUGCUCCCACUUCUAAAAUGAUUUCAUUGCUUUUCAACCCAAUUUUUAGGAGUCUUGGCUAUGUGCACUCUCAAAUUUAAAAUUAUAUCGCAUGUGAAGCCAAGAAUAUUUGUUAUCAAAUGUGUUCCAAAUGAAUCUUUGAGUAAACAGAUUCACUUGAUACUUUGAAAUAAUUUCAGAAGAGCUGCAAAAAUCAAAGAAUCCCCAUAUACCCUUUAUCUAAAUUCCCUGUUAUCAUUUUACAUCUGCUUUAUCAUUCUCUUUAUACAUAUUUUUUCAACUGAGAUUAGCUGCAGAUAUGAUACUCCUUUAUCCCUAAAUACUUUAGUGUGUACUCCCUGAAAAUUUUUUCUUAUAUUAAAAUUAGCUCAGUACAAUUAUUAAAAUCAGGAUAUUAAUAUAGAUAUAGUACUAUUAAGUAACUGAUCUGUCCUUAUUCAAAUUUUGCUAAUUAUUCCACUAACAAACUUCAUGCAAAAGAAAAAAAAACCUGUGGUCCAGGAUCAGUUUACAUUUUAAAAAUCAAAAUUCACAGUGCAGAGCACGAUUUUGCCAUAAAAAAAAAAAAAAAAAAGAUUCUUACAAAGAACUUAUAUUUGGAAGAACACAGUAAUCUUCCACUUAUUAUGGGAAACUACUUUUUUAAAUCACUUACCAUUCCUCCUCCAAAAGAGCGAUCCCAGUUGCCUAUCAGUGUGUUUGCGACCAUGAGAGGAAUUGUAUCUGGAUGUUCCCAACCAACAGCUUCAACAGCUAUUGCAAGGUGUGCCAAAGGCAUCUUGUCAUCUCUCACACGAAUCUAGUUAAGGUAGAGAAAACAAAACUCUAGUUAGGAUAACCAUUAUAUAACAUGCUAAACAACAGAAAAAUUUAUCAGUCACAUUAACUGAAAAGAUAAAAUGCUCACCAUGACUCUUUUUUUAAACCAUCAAGCCUGUGUUACAUUUUAGAGUCUAAUCCAGAAGAAUUUCAUGAGUUAGGGGAAAAAAGACAGCCAAAAGAUCUCCGACUGAAAUACUAUAGAUUUCGCACCUGAUCAAAAAGAGUUGAAUUGUUUCACUGGCAGAAAUCAAUCUCUAUGUGCCAAUCUGAAUUUUUCUAUCUAAUUUAAACCAAUAUUGGCAUUACAGGUUGACCUUUGUACUGCAGAUGCUAUAGUUCUAUACAGCUACCAACAUCAGACCUCUUUCCAGAUCAACUUAUAACAUUGCCCUUAAAAACCUUGCCUCCUUAAACAAGAAAAUUAAAGCAGAUGUUAAAUAAUACGGACCAGGCAGGAAUGUAAGCAAAUGGGCCCUUCCUGUUUCUAUGUUUUAGUUUAAGUCUGAUUUCUUCCAUUUCACUCCUAUUAGAAAUAUACACAUUUUGUACACUCAUUUGUAAAUACAACAAAGAAACCCAAAGCCAAAUACUGGCUUAGGAAAGGCUUGCCCUACCUCACUUCCUGUGAAUUUGCAGGGAGGCAGAGCCGGUAUUUCUCCUUUGUGUGUGGACAGAGUGUCACCAAAAUGAAACUUUGCUAGCUCAAGCAGUUCAUCAUGGGAAACUCCUAAAUUGAAGGAAAAUAUUUUCACAUGUAUCUAGCAGCAAGAAGUACAAUCUAAAUUGGACAACUAAUUGCCAAUACUGAAGUGUAUAAUAAGUUCUAGGCGAUAUAACGGAGUGUAAGUUACACUUCAACUAUUUAUAUUCACUAAAAGCCACUUAAGAGUAAGCUCACACACCACUCAUUUGCUUGGUGUUUAAGGCUUGAGUUUGUAUGGCUUUCUCAUGCUGUAGAGCAGUAACAGUUUUCAUCAACAUACCAACAUAUUCACAGCUAAGGAUAAUGAGCUUGAAAAUACCACUUCCCAUACAAAAUCAUUUUGUAUUAAGUUAUAGUAAGCUCUAAAUGCAAACUUGUAAAGAAACAAGUUAAUUUUCAAUAAUUUUUUAAAGUAGAAAAGAAUACAAAUAUAAGCUGUAUCUCAUUUAAAGAAAGCUGGAUACACUGAUAUCCUUCAUUCUAUAAGCUCUUGUUAUUAGAACUCAGGAAUAAAAUAGUUUCAGCUAAAUUUCUGAAUAAAUCCAUAGCAAUCCAAACCCUCACUAACUGCCAUCCAAAAUUUAAGAAUUACCUAGAUCCUAUAUUCCUUACUAUCCAAACUUGGGAACCAAAUAGAAUCAGUCAGUGAAGGAUUCUUGAACACAAACAUAAACUUACAAAACAAAUUAGGCAUGUGCCGCACACCUGUACGAGCUCUUAACCACUGCACCACCAGGACUCCACAAUUCCCUUAUAUAACAUAAUUAAACAAAUUGCUUCAUAAGCAAAAACUCUUAGGACAUUUCCCAACAGGAUCAAACUGAUAAGAGGAUCAUGGAAAAUAACUCUAAUGACUGUGUUUAAAACAUAUAUACAAACUUAAAUCAACUAACCUCCUGCAGCAGCAAGCACUAUUCUUGGCCCCUUAUAAUGUGUGGUUAUAUAGUCCACUAAGUCCUUACGAUUUAUAGAUCUGUAAACGGAGUAGAUCAAUUUAAGAAGGAAACAAAGUAUAAUUACUUUUACAUAAUAUACUUGAAAUAAAAUUGGACCUAAAGGUAUUCUAAGAGUUCAAUCCAGUACAACAGGAUAUGUUGUAGUCAGGUGCUGUCGGGUUGACUUGGACUCAUAGGGACCCCACGUGAUACAGUAAAACUGCCCCAUAGGGUUUUCUAGGCUGUGAUUUUUAUGGGAGCAGAUCGCCAGGUCUUUCUCCUGUGAAGGCACUGGGUGUGUUCAAACUGCUGACCUUUCAGUUAGCAGCCAAGCUCUUAAUUAUUGCACCGCCAGGAUACAGGAUAUAGGCAGCAAGUAUCAAAGAAAUUUAACUCUUUAUAUAUAAAAAAAAAAAAGGCAGGUUUGAUACCCAUCCUCAUUUAUU